UCACAUGUUUUACUUUGAUGUGAAAUACUUGAUGUUUUCUUUUUUGUGACUAAUUGUUAAUUUGAAUGGAUGUUAUGUGAACUGAUAACAAAUGUCAGUUUCCAAUUCCAUGUAGUUUACGAAAAAGUGCUCAUGAUUUCUUCCGAAUAACCCUAUAAGUUAUAUCUACACUGAAAUUAAGUUAUUUGUGUUAUAACAAUAAAAUAAUAUUUACAUACUUCCUAAAACUGUAGCAGAUUCUAUUUAGGGCUCGAAUCCUUAAUUUUUAACUCUCAGAUAAGUAAUUUUAUUUGGUAUGGUAUUUUGGAGUCCUGAACUACUAAAAAUUUUCAGCAUUUAAAAACGGUAUAAAUAUUUUUAUCAGGAAAAAGAGAUUUGUGAAGUUACAGAAAUAUGGAAAUGAAAGAAGUAAAUUUUUUUAAAUUGAAAGAGAUCAAGAAGCUUUUUCCUUGGGUUGAGGUAGCAAUAGAGAAGUUGUUGCUAUCAUUUCCUGAUGUUUAUUGUACAGAAGAUAUAAAGUAUAUAGAUAUAAAUAUUGAAGUUGAAUUUAAAGCUGUUUUAGAUAAAAAAGAUUUCAGCAGAGCUGAAAAUUUAUUCGAGUCUUCAUUAUUUUAUAUGAAUCUUGGUGGAAAGUUCGUUGGAAAAUGGUUUCUUCUGAAAUGAAUUUUUUUUGUGCUAAAGUCCUACACUGUUUGAUAUUUGUUGGUCUUAUUUUAAGUGAUGGAAAUGCAACUUCACAGUGGAUGGAUAAAAUUUUAACAGCCAUCAAAAUAUUACCUGGUGACAGUGAAAUUGUGUAUAAUGCUCUUCUCUUAAUAAAGAAUUUAAGAAAGAAAGAACGUCCCUGUUACAGUAUCAUUUUAAAACAUGUAUUAUGUAAAGAAAGUAUUGAAAGCAUAUCAGAGCCUGUGAUAUAUCUGAAAAUUAUCAUGUUGUUCAGAAGAUUGAAAAUAUUUUUUGAAAGUGAAGUUGGAAAAGUAGCCAUUACAACUAUAGCUGAGAAAAUCAAACCUCCAUCUAAUGUAAUAAAUUUACUAUCAAUCUUUAAUAUAGACACAAGUAAAAUGAGCUUACAGAACACUACCAAACAGUUAUUGGAGGGAAAAUUCCCAAAUUCUUUUUAUAAAGAAUUGUUACAAAAUAUAUUGAACAAUAACUUUUGUGCUGAAAUAAAGAAGCAGACUGAACAUCCUACAGUUAAAGAUAUUUCAUAUUCUCUUGUUAAUAAUUCUGUGAAUUUUCAUGAUGAAGCAUUGAAAUUCAAGGUGCCUAAGGUAAAAACCAAGGGUACACAAACUGAUGAAGGUUUUAUGGAAAUAGACCAACACAUAGGUAGUCCAGAUAUCAAGGAUAAGGAUCUUAUGGAUUAUUCAAAAAUAUUGAUGCUAAAUGUGAUUAACAGUAAGGACUGUAAAAAUAGCAAGAAGAGAAAACUGAACAGUGCCUCUGAAUCAUUGAAAGGGAAAUGUUUUGAUAAACUGAAUGGCCUUAUGAAUCCAAAUAAUUGCAGUAUAUUGUGUAGCACUAAAAGAAUAAAGUGCUCUGUAAAUAAAAAAAGAAGAAAAAAGAAGAAAAAAUUAUUAACUAUAUCAAAAGAAAAUUCAAUAAGUGAUGUUAAAUGCCCUUCUAAUUGCUCUGUAAAUAAAAAAGGAAGAAAAAAGAAGAAAAAGUUAUUAACCAUAUCAAAAGAAAAUUCAAUAAGUGAUGUUAAAUGCCCUUCUAAUAACAGGAGUUUAGAAAAUUCAGAUAUAACUUAUGAAAAGGAAAAUAAUACAGAUAAUGGUUCUAGACAAAUGCAAAUUGGAAAAAAUACAGAAAAUAUAAAUAAAGAAUUUUUGAAUGAUUUACCAAGAAGUAAGGCUAUUUCAAAUAAUAGUGGAUAUAGUGACAUUGAAAUUAAAGAUAGUGAACAUCAGUUGGAAGAAAAGUAUACAUCUGAUGCUAAUGCAUCCGAAAAUAAGCCAACAGAAUCGCAGAUACAUAUUUCUGAAAGUGAAACACUAACUGAAAUGGCCAGCUUAUUAUCUAUUGAAAGCUGUUCUAAAAAUAAUCCUAAUACCUUCACACAAAAACAAUCAAAUUUAUCUUUUCCUUCUGUAAACUGUAGUAUGUGGAGAAGAAAUGGAUUUUCUCAGUUGUCAGCCAUUCCAGUAUUAGCUCCUUCUAUUGAUAUGUGCAAUAAAAACUGUGAAUAUUGUACAAGUUUAUCAAGCUAUGCUGUUUCAUACUCAAGAGAUAAAAUCCAAAAUGAUUUAUCUGAAUUUUCAGAUAUGCCAGUACUUUCACCUGUUAUUGAAAAAAAUAGUGGAAACUGUGAAAAUUGUGAUAAUGCAUCUAAUUAUGCUAACCAAAUCGUACCAUAUUCACCAAACAAUCUUGUUCAAGAAAAUUCAUAUCAUUGUAAUUGUUGCAAUUUACAGCAAAAAUCCAAAAAUUUUCUUGUUGAAAAACAAAAGAAUUAUUUCAAUUCAUGUACAAAUUUUAGCCAUUUAUCUGUAAAUAAUGAAACUCUUACAAACAUAACUAGCUACAAUGCUGACAACAUGACCUCUUCUAAAAAGUGCAAUAGUUUGUUUUCAGAUGUAUCAGAAGUUUCUUUAAAAGAUGUGAGGAUAAAUCUUGGUCAAAAAGUUGAUGAAGCUAAUUAUAACUGUAUUGCAUCAUCUCAGCAGCCAAAAUCUCCAUCUGAUAUCUUACAGUGUUCUGAAUUUCAAACCACUUCUGAACAAAAUUUUCACUUCUUGAAAGCUGUGCAAGUUCCAAUUGAAAAUAAUUAUUUCUCAUCAAAAUCUACAGAUGGCUUGAUUAGGAGAAGGAAGAUAGCACAUGAAAUUCCUGUAUCUGAAAAUAAUUAUCUUUAUAAAAGGAAUGACUCUUUAUCAUUGAAUAGACUGAAUGAUUUUCAGAAAUUACCAUUGAAUAAUUCUGAAGCAAAUGCAAACAGUUAUAAUUAUACGUUACAUGGACAAGAUAAUAUUACUACCAGUAAUAAAAUUUGUGAUUCAAGAGAAGGAAUUAAUUCCCAGUGUUCAACUUCAGCAAAAAUGGCUUACAGACAUACGGAAACUGUCUUUACAGAUGAAUCUGAUUUUCAUAGUUUACAAUCAAAUGAUUCAGAAUUUUCUGAAUGUGAAAGCUUUAAUGAAUCAGCUUCACAAAACAUGAAUAAAACUUCUGAGUCUACUUUUUCUGUUUCAAAAUCUUUGUCAGAUGUGACUUCAGAAAUGAACAAUCUUAAUGACAGGAAUAUAUCACUGAAUUCUUGUUUUAUAACUAGCACACCGGUUUCAAAUAUAAUAGCAAAAGCUAAUUUACACUUGUCAAGUUAUUCUGGAAAAGUUGCAUCUCAGACAGAUACUACUGCUAACUCUCAAAAUUUAUCUGUUUAUACUGAUGAGAGUACACAUGAUUCAUCAGUUAGUACUGUUAGUUGCCAUUCCCCCUUAGCAGUUAUUUCCGAUGCUAGCUCUGAUGGUUCAUUAUUUGAUAUGAGUGGUAUAUCACAAAUAAAUGAUUCUCAUAACUGUUAUUCUGAUUCUAUAACAAAUAUUGGUGAUUCAGCUGAAUGUGAUUUUUCCUUAGUAAAGGGUAGGAAGAAUUCAAAAAAUAUUAGGGAAAAAAAAUGGCUUGAACUAAAUGGUACGCAAGUAUUACUCAAAAACAACCUGAGAGAAAGUGCUGACAUUGCAGGAAAAUCUAAUUCUUCUCGUUAUAAUUUACGGUCAAGAAAAUCAUUGAAUAUUCCUAAAAGGUUUUCAGAGGAUGAUGUUUAACAGACAGAUAUGUAUUAUAUGUAAUUAGAAUGUAAAUAGCACAAUUGUAUUUUUCAUAUACGUUUUAUUGAGGCAGGAACUCUGAAGAAUAUCUUGUUUUGUGUGAAUUUUCACUGACAUGAUUGCCAAGUUGUAGCAUCAUGUGUCAAAUGUAGCAGAAUUUAUUAAUGUUAUAAUAAUGAUAUAAAAAUAUUUUUACACUGCUUUAA